AUUUUGUGUGUUUGUGUGUUCAGGUGCAGACAGACAUCGGUGUGGACACCAAACAUGCGACUCUGCAGGGAGUGGCUUUCCCCAUGCACAAAGAUGCUGUCGCAGCACUCCAACGCUAUAGGGACGGAAAACACAACUACGUACAACUGGAAGUGGACGCUGAACAGGAGCUGAUUCGGCUGUGCAACACUGAGCCAACAGAGUUGAAAGACCUGCCAAUGAGAAUCUCCAAAGUAUCUCCACGUUACCACUUCUUCCUCUACAAACAUUCCCAUGAAGGCGACUACUUGGAGUCCACAGUCUUCAUUUAUUCUAUGCCCGGGUACAAGUGUAGCAUCAAAGAGAGGAUGCUGUAUUCCAGCUGCAAAAAUCCCCUGGUCGACAUGGUGGAAAGAAAUCUCCAGAUUGAGAUUGAGAAAAAGUUGGAGAUCGACGACGGGGACGAGCUGACCAGUGAUUUCCUGUAUGAGGAGGUGCAUCCCAAGCAGCAUGCACACAAGCAGGCCUUCGCCAAGCCCAAAGGGCCCACGGGGAAGAGGGGAUACCGCCGCCUCACCCGACCACCCGCAGAGGGAGAGGGGGAAGAUUAAACAGACCUCAGCAGCCAGGCCACCACCUCCACUCUGAGCACGUUCCACAGUGGAGCAUUCCUGUGAUGGGGGGGAGGGGGAAAUCAUAUUUUCACGCUUGUUUAAAAGAAUAAGACAACAUUCAAAAUUCCCGCAAAGUUCACCUAGAGAUCCAACUAUGCACGCCAAGGACAACUGAGCAAUGACACACGGCAGAGUCUCCAUUUGUAGCUUGCCAAAUGGAAGCGUAUUAAUGUGUGUUUAGCACAGUCACCAUAAUGAAUUAACAGGGAUUCAAAUCGGCUCGGGAAGAGAGAAAAAAAAAAAAAA